AGCCGACAACAGUACAGCAAGAGAGGCACGACCUGGCAGAUAUUCUACUCCAUACAAUGCGCGCCGUCAUUUGGAACAGCUCCAUGGGGGAGCUGCAUUCCCGGUCCACACUGCAGCUGCAGCACGAUCUGAGCCACAACGUGAAGAUACUUGCAGCAGCUGUCAAGGUCGCGGACAACCAAUUGAAACAGCUCGAUGCACGCAUUGCUACCUUGGAGGAAAGGCCUCCCCACGCAGCGCCAGGCUGCACGCCAGAUAUGACAGACACAACGAAGCAGCUCAAUGGGCGCAUCGAUCAUGUCGUCAAUCUCAUCGGCGACAUAGGUGUUUUCAAUGGGCCGGACACGAUCAGUAGCACGGUGGCCGCCAUCAAGACGGACAUCACCAAGCUGCAGACCACUACGAAGAACUACAAGAUGCCGCACUUCGACAUCAGCAAGUUCGACGACCACAACAAGACAGACGCUUUGGCGUGGUGGCAACCUUUCCUCACGGAAGCAUCAUGUCGCACUGUCCCGGACGACUAUCUGAUGAAGGCGUUAUACUUACAGCUGAUUGGAGGAGCGCAGGCAUGGAUGAACCAUCUAGCGGCUACCCACACAUGCACCAUCGUCGAACUUCACACGCACAUCACGUGGAAGGAGUUCGAGCAGCUAUGGUUCACCCGUUUCAUGGUCCACAACGUCGUGAAGGCGGCCAUGAACGAGGUGUACACCUGCUCUCAAGGAAGUAUGCAAACUCGAGACAAGACAACCAAGUGGCAGAAGAUAGUGACCACGCCAGGCUUCGAUUUGACUUUUCCUAAUCAACGAUCCGAGUUCUUCUCACGAUCGUGCGCAGGAUUGCGGUCAGCACUCGGUAACGAGUACGACUAUACCUCGUUCCAGGCUAUCGAGGAUCACGCAAACCUGGUCAUCCAAACGGACGACAAGGCCGCUAACGAGAAACAAUCCCAGCCGCAUUAUGUGGCUAAGCAUGGCUAUCAACGUCUGGCACAUAACAAUGCUGUAAUUUCUGAAGAAACAAACGAUCUCCACGCUGCAGCAGCAUCCUCGAGUGAUGGAGGAAUUGUAGCAGCGCUCCCGCCGAAGCGUCCUAGGAGGGUCCGGAAACCCAAGGCGACACAAGAGACGGCAUCGACGGGAACUGGUCAGCAGCCAUGGACGGCCUACAACAUCACCAAGGAAGUCUAUGAACUUCCCGGUGUCUUUGACAUCCUCGACACCAAGUUCGACAUGAUUCUAGGCAUGUCUUGGUUGCGUAGCGCCGAUCAUCCGGUGAACUUUCAUGAUCGAACCGUUCACAUUCGUGAUCGAAAGGGAGUGUCAGUCCCAUGUACGGUCACGACCCCUCACACUUCGAUUGCUUGCCACGUGGUUUUCGUUGCGAGAAUUUGCGACGCCACUGCUCGGAAUGACGUCGAGGAGAUGGGCCUUGUAUUCUUGCAUGCUCUCCCCUCGCCGGACGGACCAGCCGCGUCACCGCCGGACCCACGCAUUUCUCACCUCUUGGACGAGUAUAGAGACGUCUUCGAGGCUCCCACCGGAACGGUUCCGAAUCGGCCCAUACGUCACGGGAUCACUCUCGAGGUUGGCGCCGCCCCUCCGCGUGGAUGUAUCUACCGCAYGAGCGAAGAGGAACUCAAGGUGCUUCGCGCACAACUCGAUGACCUUCUCGACAAGGGUUGGAUUCGCCCUAGUUGCUCGCCAUACGGUGCCCCUGUUCUCUUCGUCCAGAAGAAGAACAAAGAUUUACGAUUAUGCAUCCAUUAUCGGAAACUUAACGCACAAACCGUAAAGAACGCCGGCCCUCUCCCUCGGAUCGAUGACCUUCUUGAGCGGUUAGGCGGCGCGAAGUACUUCUCGAAGUUGGACUUGAAGUCAGGCUACCACCAGAUUGAAAUCCAGCCUCAAGACCGGUACAAGACCGCGUUCAAGACGUGGUACGGGCAUUUUGAGUGGGUUGCCAUGCCCUUUGGCCUCACCAAUGCUCCCGCGACAUUCCAAGCAGCAAUGACGACUGAGUUUCGCGACUUGCUCGAGCGCAGCGUCCUCAUCUACCUUGAUGACAUCUUGGUUUACGAUAGGACGUUGGACGAGCACAUCGUACACCUUCGCGUUGUUCUGGAUCGUUUGCGACUAGCCAAGUACAAAGCGAAUCUCAACAAGUGCAUUCGUCCCUUAGCGGACAAGAUCCAAGCCAUCGUGAAUUGGCCGGAACCCCGUUGCACGACGGAUGUACGCUCUUUCAUGGGAUUGGCUGGAUACUAUCAGCGAUUCGUCGAGUCAUACUCGAAAGUGGUUGCUCCUUUGUUGAGACUUCAGUCCCCGAAGAUGCCCUUCGAGUUCGACGACGCAGCCCGUGGCGCGUUCACUACGUUGAAGGCAACAAUGCAAGCCCCACCUGCCCUCCGUAUAUAUGACCCCACCCUUCCCACCCAAGUGACUACGGACGCUUCGGGAUACGGUAUUGGUGCGGUGUUGGAACGGUGUCACGAGGACGGUUGGCACCCGGUCGAGUACUUCUCCCAAAAGGUGCCUCUCGUAAACACUCUCGACGACGCUAGGAAGAAAGAGCUACUCGCAUUCGUCACCAUUCUCAAACGGUGGCGCCACUUUCUUCUCGGUCGUCGGCGUUUUAAAUGGAAUACGGGCAACAAUCCGUUGACCUUUUACAAAACGUGGGAUACGGUCACUAGCACGAUCGGUCGAUGGAUGUAUUACAUCAACCAGUUCGACUUUGACCCGUGCCACAUUCCCCGUCCCGCCAAUCGAGUUGCGGACGCCCUCUCACUACGGCCCAACUUUUGUGCCAUUGUGACCACGACAUUCGACCUCGAUGACGAUCUCCAACCGCAUUUCGUCAAAGGCUACAAGUCCGAUCCGACUUACUCUACGCUUUACGCGGAAUUUUCAUCGGAUCACCCGCCGGCUAGCCACUAUCCGAUUUCCGACGAGUUCCUUCUCCUUCACACAAGAGGAAAGGACUUGUUAGUAGUGCCCCAAGAUCGCAUCUUACGGACUCGUCUUCUCGGCGAAUUCCACGACGCACGACUUUCGGCACACCUUGGCGUGAACCGCACACUAGCACGCCUCCGCCAGCGUUUUCACUGGCCCGACGCCCUUCAUGACGUCACGAGGUACAUUGAGUCAUGUGCAGUUUGCCACCGUAACAAGGGUCGAUCUCGAGUCCCCUUUGGCGAACUGAAACCGUUGUCGAUUCCUCGGGCACCACGCCUCUCCAUUGCUAUGGACGUGACAGGCCCGUUUCCCCGCGAUCGACACGGCCAUGACGGGAUUCUCACGGUCGUUGACCGUUUGAGCAAGUAUGCUCGCUUCCUUCAUUGCAAGUAUCAUGCUACAGCGCCCGAGCUCGCACGACUCUUGCACACCGGUUGGAUUACCAACCAGGGUGUUCCGGAAGACGUAGUGAGCGACCUAGAUACUCGCUUCAUGUCGGCUUCUGGACUUCCCUCAUGGCUGAGUCCGGCUGCCGACAUAGACGUCCCUUGCUCUCCCGCUUCCGUUCGGAAGUACCGGGACUUGCUGAUCAAAGCCCGCGCGAAUAUGCAAAAGACUCAGAUCCGCAUGCAGCAGCAGGCUAACCGACGUCGACUUCCAUGUCCUUUUCGCGAGGGAGACCUUGUUUGGGUCCUCUCCGAGGAAUUUGCGGUCGAGCAGGACGUUUCGCGCAAACUCCUUCCGAAAUGGUUCGGACCAUGGGAAGUCACUUCUGUCGUUGGAGACGACCCCGCAGGUCCUUCCUUUGUGGUCAACAUUCCUCCGCACCUUCCAGUGCACCGGGUCUUCCACGCGUCGAAGCUGGCCAUCUACACGCCACCUUCCGCCGACGAGUUUCCCGACCGUCGAUCACUAGAUCCGCCUUCUAUGGACGGACAUCACGAAGUCGACCGAGUCAUCACGCAUCACAAGUAUGGCAACAAGCCAAUGCAGUACAAAGUCACAUUCAAGCAAUGUGCGCCGGAUGACACUCGGUGGAUCUCCAGUACACAUUUGCAGACUUCUGCACCCCUUAUCUUCGCCGAUUAUGAGAAGCGACGCCUUGCUAAGGAAUCAGCUCGUCCUGCCCGACCCACCCCGGUAUCGGACAGACAACUUCGCCCUCGCAGGUAGCUCGGUCUUUUAAGAGGGGGCGUGUGUUACAUCUUCGAUGCCACACGGGUC